CAAACUCAAAGGCCCACUCCCUGUAAUCCUCCCAAGGUUUUUUUUUCCCUUCUCUCUUUCUCUUCGCGAGGAACCUUAACCAUUGCAAUUCGCUUCCUUUCCAGCUGUUUUCAUAUUCAGCCCCUUUCUCACUACUCUCUCUGAGGGGCCUGAGCUACUAAUACACGACCCCUCAAAUCAAAAACCACCCUUUUGGUUAUCUUUGACCCUAUUCCUCUUUUUAUGGGUUUUCUUUCUUCGGCGUUCGAUGUUCCUGCUGGGCCGUAAAGACGGCGGCGUCCUGCGGUCGAGGAGCCGCGAGAUGAGCUCCAAGCAGCAGCAGCAGCAGCAGCAGCAGCAGGGCCGGGCGCCGCGGCUGGAGCGGCGCAACGCGGCGAAGCACGUCGACUACGAGGCCGCGGGCGGCGGCGCGCCUUGCUGGCUGUCGUCGUCGUCGUCGUCCUCGUCGUCGUCGUUCUCCUCGGGCGAACCGGUCGGCCUCCGCGCCACCCGGUCGCUGGACCUCGUCCCCUCCUCCUCCUCCUCCUCCUCCACUUCGGCUUUCUACUCCAACCAGACCAGCUUCCGCAUCGGCGGCAGCAUCGAGGGCGAGGUCGACCUCCUCUGCCGCACCCUUGGGCUGUCUGGACCCGACGACUUCGCUAUCCCGGUCGCCGCUUGGGAGGCCCGCAAGGCCCGAUCCAACUCCGACCUCCUCCCGCGGCCGCGGCUUCUGCAGACGGACGACGGCCCCUCUGCCCUGCAAGCAGAUACCUCGUUCGCCCCACGGAACAAUGUUGAGGCCGAAGUAGACCACCGGUGCCAGCAGCGGCGGAACGUAAAUGUUGAGUUUUCUCACCUGAAAGAUGAGUCCGAGGAUAAAGCCGAGGCUGGAGUUUCUUCUUCGUCAGAGAGUAAACCUACAGUUGAGGUCUCUUGCUUGCCUUCACCCAGGAGAGAAGGCGGCGCAGAUGGUGGAAUUAGAGGUGUCCGGCCGCCCCUCCUUGCCACUCCCCAAGCGACUGCUUCCCCUCCAUUCCCUUCGGUGCUUGCGCUGCCGCCUGUGAUGUCCCUUCCUCCCGUCGAGAAUGUAGGCUCAACUUGGGAUAUUCUGAGAUUAUUUGCUCCCCAGGAUGAGAAGGAUGGUGCGGUGGGAGAAGGGAGGAGAAGAUCUUUUGAUUCGGCCGAGGAUGAGGAGGAGAAUAGGAAUUCUGGAAAUCUAAGCGGAGAAGGAGCAACAGUUGAAGGGGAGGAGGAGUUGAUCAGGGGACUGAGGGUGGGGGAGACCUCGGAGGGAUACACGGGGACGUCCUCGUUGUCCACGUUGAACGAUGAUGAUGCAUCUAGCACGACGACUGAGACGACAUUCACUGUCUCGCCUAAUGGCCUGAUCAAGAGGCGGAUCAGGUCGUGGAUACGAGGUACGCUUCUUGGGAGCGGCUCGUUUGGGACUGUGUAUGAAGCAAUCAGCGACGAGGGUGUUUUUUUUGCUGUUAAAGAAGUAUCUCUAAUUGACCAAGGAACCAAUGCUCAACAAUGUAUUCUUCAACUUGAGCAGGAGGUUGCGCUCUUAAGUCAGUUUGAGCAUGAAAAUAUAGUUCAAUAUUAUGGAACUGACAAGGAAGAAACAAAGCUUUUCAUCUUCCUUGAACUUGUUACACAAGGCUCUCUUGCAUCCUUGUACCAAAAGUAUCAUCUGCGAGACACACAAGUCUCUGCUUAUACUAGGCAGAUUCUCAAUGGAUUGGUAUAUCUGCAUGAGCGAAGUGUGGUCCACAGAGAUAUCAAAUGUGCCAAUAUACUAGUUCAUGUGAAUGGAUCUGUAAAACUUGCUGAUUUUGGACUUGCUAAGGAGAUUGACAAGAUCAAUAAUCUAAAAUCGUGCAAAGGGAGUGUCUAUUGGAUGGCGCCCGAGGUUGUCAAUCCAAGGACAACAUAUGGGACUGCAGCUGAUAUAUGGAGCCUGGGUUGUACUGUUCUGGAGAUGUUAACUCGGCAAAUUCCUUAUCCUAAUAUGGAGUGGACCCAUGCCUUCUUCCAGAUUGGCCGGGGAGAACAACCUCCAAUCCCCGACUUCUUGUCACCAGAUGCCCGUGAUUUCAUAAGCCAAUGUGUCAAAGUCAAUCCAGAUGAUAGACCUUCUGCAUCUCAACUUCUCCAGCACCCAUUCAUGAACAGAUCACUCUGGGCUUCUUCCAGCUCCGACUCUUCUUCCCGUGGUUGUUGAUAUGGAGUUAGUUGCAUAAGAAGGAUCGUCGCUUAUUUUAUCAAAUUGGUACAGCUAUGGAUUCUUUCUCUUCUCCUUUUUUUUACCAUCAGGCCAUCAAGAUAUUUCUACUUCAGUGUGUAAAAUAUGCCUUCAUGUUUUGGUUUCCAUUCUUGUUUUUUAAAAGAUAACAUUGUAUUGGCCAAGGUUAGUCCAUUUAUAGAGGAUAGAAGUUUUAAGUUGAAAGAGUAAGAUUGGGUUAUGUAAAUAUGCUCAAGCAUGUCAGUUUUUUCUUAGCAAGUCCUGCUUCAGCUUUGGUGCUCUUUUGCUGA